GAGGGGCGGGCCGAGGGGCGGGGCCUGGCGGGAGGCGGUGCUGCGCUGGGUUCCGUGUGUCUAUGUCAAUGUGUCUGUCCUUCAUUCCUCCAUUGUCUGCCGCCGCUGCCAGAAGCCGCCGCAGCCCCCGGCCUCGCGCGUCGUCGCUACCUCCUCGGACAGAAAUUUUAUGAAUAAGCAUCAGAAGCCAGUGCUAACAGGCCAGCGGUUCAAAACUCGGAAAAGGGAUGAAAAAGAGAAAUUCGAACCCACAGUCUUCAGGGAUACACUUGUCCAGGGACUUAAUGAAGCUGGCGAUGACCUUGAAGCUGUAGCCAAGUUUCUGGACUCCACGGGCUCCAGGUUAGAUUACCGUCGUUAUGCCGACACGCUCUUCGACAUCCUGGUGGCUGGCAGCAUGCUUGCCCCAGGCGGAACACGCAUAGAUGAUGGUGACAAGACCAAGAUGACCAACCACUGUGUGUUCUCUGCAAAUGAAGAUCACGAAACCAUCCGGAACUACGCUCAGGUCUUCAACAAACUCAUCAGGAGGUACAAGUAUUUGGAAAAGGCAUUUGAGGAUGAAAUGAAAAAGCUUCUCCUCUUCCUUAAAGCCUUUUCUGAAACGGAGCAGACAAAACUGGCGAUGCUCUCCGGGAUCCUGCUGGGCAACGGAACCCUUCCAGCCAGCAUCCUCACUAGCCUCUUCACCGACAGCUUGGUCAAAGAAGGCAUUGCGGCCUCAUUUGCUGUCAAGCUUUUCAAAGCCUGGAUGGCAGAGAAAGAUGCCAACUCUGUCACCUCUUCCUUGAGAAAAGCCAACCUAGACAAGAGGCUGCUUGAGCUCUUUCCCGUUAACCGGCAGAGCGUGGAUCAUUUUGCAAAGUACUUCACGGACGCGGGGCUAAAGGAGCUGUCCGACUUCCUCCGCGUGCAGCAGUCCCUGGGCACCAGGAAGGAGCUGCAGAAGGAACUCCAGGAGCGUCUCUCUCAGGAGUGCCCCAUCAAGGAGGUGGUGCUUUAUGUCAAAGAAGAAAUGAAGAGGAAUGACCUUCCAGAAACAGCCGUGAUCGGGCUCCUGUGGACUUGCAUCAUGAAUGCCGUGGAGUGGAACAAGAAGGAGGAACUGGUCGCAGAGCAGGCGCUCAAGCACCUGAAGCAAUACGCCCCACUCCUGGCCGUGUUCAGCUCCCAGGGCCAGUCGGAGCUGGCCCUGCUGCAGAAGGUGCAGGAGUACUGCUAUGACAACAUCCACUUCAUGAAAGCCUUUCAGAAGAUCGUGGUUCUCUUUUACAAAGCGGAUGUCCUGAGCGAAGAAGCAAUAUUGAAGUGGUAUAAAGAAGCGCACGUCGCCAAAGGCAAGAGUGUUUUCCUCGACCAGAUGAAGAAAUUUGUGGAGUGGUUGCAGAACGCGGAAGAAGAAUCGGAAUCAGAAGGUGAAGAAAGCUAAAUGGUUCACCCAGCACAAUACCGAGGUCACCACAUGCCACUUUGCUGAUCGGGAGUGCUGAACGAUUUGGGAAGAGGAAGGAAAAAAAAAAUAGGCUAGGCUUCCCUUGUGCAGAGGGGGAUGGGUGUUGUUUUUGUUUUGUUUUUCAAUGGAGCCCUAAGGCAUCAGCUGUUACACUUGGGACUCUACCUCUCACUCACGUAUGCUAACUCAAAGCCAUCCAACAGGGAGCCCAGUGGGAGCCGCGGCUCAGCACUCAGCCACUCCUGUUUUUUUAGCCGUGUCGUUCAGGUACUGUGUGGUGAGCGCCCCCUGGUGUCUGUCACAGGCCCACUUUGGUAGUUGUAUCUGCUCGUGUACGUGAUUGGACAAACCAGUUUUUUAAAAUAAACGGCUUUUUAAAAAUC